AUGUCGGUGUACGCCAGGUUUCUGAUACAGCAGAGACUCAGAGGUGCAGAGGAGGGCUGGGCCAACACAGGUGAAGCUCAUUCUUCAUUAUUCCUACACAGAGUGGACCAGGAGAGCUCAGAGGUUCCCAAUGGUCAGUCUGCACAGCAGCAUCAAACAGACCUGGACUCCAUAUUUAUGCUGCUGGAGGAGAACAUCAGCAGGUUUAUGAAGAACGAGCUGAAGAAGAUGCAGAAGGUCCUGAGUCCAGAUUACCCAGAAUGCUUAGAGAGUCAGCGGGUGGAUGAGGAGGUAUUGGACGGUGAGGAAGAAGAGCAGAGGAGGACCAGCAGAGAAGCAUUUCUGAAGAUCACACUGCACUUCCUGAGGAGAAUGAAGCAGGAGGAGCUGGCUGACUGUUUGUGGAGCAGAACUAAUGCUGGUUGUCAGCAUAAACUCAAGUCUAACUUGAAGGAGAAGUUCCAGUGUCUGUUUGAGGGGAUUGCUAAAGCAGGAAACCCAACCCUUCUGAAUCAGAUCUACACACCGCUCUACAUCACAGAGGGAGGAACUGCAGAGGUCAAUGAUGAACAUGAGGUCAGACAGAUUGAAACAGCAUCCAGGAAACCAGACAGACCAGAAACAACAAUCAGACAUGAAGACAUCUUCAAAGCCUUACCUGGAAGAGGUGAACCAAUCAGAACAGUGAUGACAAAUGGAGUGGCUGGCAUUGGGAAAACAGUCUUAACACAGAAAUUCACUCUGGACUGGGCUGAAGACAAAGCCAACCAGGACAUAUACUUCACAUUUCCAUUCACUUUCAGACAGUUGAAUAUGUUGAAAGCGAAGAAGUACAGCUUGGUGGAACUUGUUCAUCACUUCUUUACUGAAACCAAAGAAGCAGGAAUCUGCAGGUUUGAAGAGUUCCAGGUUGUGUUCAUCUUUGACGGUCUGGAUGAGUGUCGACUUCCUCUGGACUUCCACAACAAUAAGAUCCUGACUGAUGUUACAGAGUCCACCUCAGUGGAUGUGCUGCUGACAAACCUCAUCAGGGGGAAACUGCUUCCCUCUGCUCGCCUCUGGAUAACCACACGACCUGCAGCAGCCAAUCAAAUCCCUCCUGAGUGUGUCAGCAUGGUGACAGAGGUCAGAGGGUUCACUGACCCACAGAAGGAGGAGUACUUCAAGAAGAGAGUCAGAGAUGAGAAGCUGGCCAGCACCAUCAUCUCCCACAUCAAGACAUCACGAAGUCUCCACAUCAUGUGCCACAUGCCAGUCUUCUGCUGGAUCACUGCUACAGUUCUGGAGGACAAAUUGAAAAGCAGAGAGAGAGGAGAGCUGCCCAAGUCCCUGACUGAGAUGUACAUCCACUUCCUGGUGGUUCAGGCCAAACUGAAGAACAUCAAGUAUGAUGGAGGAGCUGAGACAGAUCCACACUGGAGUCCAGAAACCAAGAAGAUGAUUGAGUAUCUGGGAAAACUGGCUUUUGAGCAGCUGCAGAAAGGUAACCUGGUUUUCUAUGAAUCAGACCUGACAGAGUGUGGCAUCGAUAUCAGAGCAGCCUCGGUGUACUCAGGAGUGUUCACACAGGUCUUUAAAGAGGAGAGAGGGCUGUACCAGGACAAGGUGUUCUGCUUCGUCCAUCUGAGUGUUCAGGAGUUUCUGGCUGCUCUUCAUGUCCAUCUGACAUUCAUCAAGUCUGGAGUCAAUCUGCUGGUAGAACAAACAACAUCCCAGAAGUCUGAAACUAAACAAGAAUCUGCAAUGACACAUCUCUACCAGAGUGCUGUGGAUGAGGCCUUAAAGAGUCCAAAUGGACACCUGGACUUGUUCCUGCGCUUCCUCCUGGGUCUUUCACUGCAGACCAAUCAUAUUCUCCUUCAAGGCCUGCUGACACAGACAGGAAGUAGUUCACAGACCAAUCAGGAAACAGUCGAGUACAUCAAGAAGAAGCUCAGUGAGAAUCUGUCUGCAGAGAGAAGCAUCAAUCUGUUCCACUGUCUGAAUGAACUGAAUGAUCGUUCUCUAGUGGAGGAGAUCCAACAGUCUCUGAGAUCAGGAAGUCUCUCUGCAGAUAAACUGUCUCCUGCUCAUUGGUCAGCUCUGGGCUUCAUCUUACUGUCAUCAGAAGAAGAUCUGGACGUGUUUGACCUGAAGAAAUACUCUGCUUCAGAGGAGGCUCUUCUGAGGCUGCUGCCAGUGCUCAAAGUCUCCAAGAAAGCUCUGCUGAAUGACUGUAACCUCUCAGAGAAAAGCUGUGCAGUUCUGUCUUCAGUUCUCAGCUCCCAGUCCUCUAGUCUGAGAGAGCUGGACCUGAGUAACAACAACCUGCAGGAUUCAGGAGUGAAGCAGCUUUCUGCUGGACUGGAGAGUCCACACUCUACACUGAAAACUCUCAGGCUGUCAGGAUGUCUGAUCACAGAGGAAGGCUGUGCUUCUCUGGCUUCAGCUCUGAGCUGCAACCCCUCCCAUCUGAGAGAGCUGGACCUGAGCUACAAUCAUCUAGGAGACUCAGGAGAGAAGCUACUGUCUGCAAGACUCGAUGAUUCAAACUGGAGACUGGACACACUCAGCCUGCAGCCUGCUGGAGAACGAUGGUUGACACCAGGUCUGAGGAAGUAUUUCUGUGAACUCACACUGGAUCCAAACACAGCGAACAGAAAACUCAAACUGUCUGACAACAACAGGAAGGUGACACUCGUGGAGGCUGAGCAGUCAUAUCCUGAUCAUCCAGACAGAUUUGAUCGUUGGCCUCAGCUGCUGUGUAGAGAUGAUCUGACUGGGCGUUGUUACUGGGAGGUCGAGUGGAGCAAAGCAGUUUAUGUAGCAGUGAGUUACAGAGGAAUCAACAGGAGAGGAGACAGUGAUGUCUAUAGGUUUGGAGAGCAUGAUCAGUCCUGGACUCUGAGGUGCUCUGAUCAUGGUUACACUGUCUAUCACAAUAACAUUGGAACAUCCAUCACCUCCCCGGUCUCUAACAGAGUGGCAGUGUAUGUGGACUGUCCUGCUGGCACUCUGUCCUUCUACAGAGUCUCCUCUGACUCACUGAUCCACCUCCACACCUUCAACACCACAUUCACUCAGCCUCUGUAUGCUGGGUUUGGGUUCUUUGUGGGCCAUAAUGGUUCCUCGAUUUCUGUAGGAGGGAGAGUCUCCUCUGGUUAG